UGUGUGUGUGUGCGCGCGCGCUGACGGUCCAGCAGCUCGCGCUGCAGUCACCCGUCAAUGGGACACUCACGUUAAGGACUUUUGUGGCUCCUUCGCGCGAAUCGUAAACACUGUAAAGUUCUAUUUUUUAGGAAUCAAAACACUUUUGGCUGUUCAUUGUGAAAUUACACCUAUGAUUGACAAGUAUGGGAACUACGCGUGGAAUCGUUUGGGGAGACAUCGCGGUGCUCCUGCUUCUCCUUUCUGAAGGUUCACUUGGACUGUAUUUUCCUCAGAGGCUGUACACAGAAAGCAUAUACGUGGGUCAGCCACAGGGAUCACCAGUCCUUCAGGUCCAUUCAAUGCGGGAAAGCACUACAGAGAGGCCCUAUUUCACCCUGUGCUCCCAUAGAGACACUUACGCAUCAUGGUUUCACAUGGAUGAGGCAACUGGGGUCCUUUCAAUGAACAAAACCCUGGAGUGGAGCGACUUCAGUAGUAUACGCAGCAGCUCGGUCAGGUCCGUGAAGGAUCUCAACCUGAAGGUCGGAGUCUCUCCAGUGCCCAUGCAGAAACAGUUGUGCCCCUUCCUUCGCACAGUGGAGGUCAAACUGAUGUUCUUUAAUGACACAGCGCCCUCCUGUGGUCAGGUCGAGCUGAAAACAUUGUGUUUCCCUGACAAGGUUUCAAAACCCCACAUCAUAGAGAACCGUUUGCCAGGGGCCCUGCGGCAGCUCCGGCGCUUUACACGCAUGAACAUUUGCCCCAACUACACCAUCAGUUAUAGAGUGGAAGCAGUCUCUCCAGCUCCAUUUGCUGUCAACGGCUCCACUUCAGAGCUGGUGGUCACGGCAUCCGUGGACCGUGAGGAGAUGGAAUCGUACCAUCUGGAUUUAGUGUGUAUAAUACAGACAGAAGAAAAACUGGAGAAGUUCUUUAGUUCUCUGCACGUGGACAUCUAUGAUGAGGACGAUAAUCCUCCUUACAUGAAUGGAACUGAUACUGAGGACAUCAAAAUAGAGUUUAACCGCAGUGAGGGUACUGUCUAUGGAACUCUGUUUGUAUAUGACAGGGACACAACACCCGUUUAUCCCACAAACCAAAUCGAAAAUAAAUUAGAGGGCACCCUAAUGACAAAUGACUCCUGGAUCAAAAAUACUUUUACUAUUGAGCACAAAUUUAGGGAAGAAAGAGCCAUCUUUGGAAAUGUCCGCGGGACAGUUCAUGAAUACAAGCUGAAGCUCAGUCAGAAUCUGUCUGUGACAGAGCAGCGCUCAUUUCAGUUGGACUACCUGCUCAAUGACACCACUUUCCCCGGCCCAGAGGGAACAGUGCUGUUACAUUUCAAUGUGACUAUCCUGCCGGUUUCUAUUCGCUUCUCCAAUGUCACCUACUUCUUCACUGUGUCACUGAAAGCAACAACAUACUCCCAGAUCGGAAGUGUCUGUGUGGACAACUGUCUGAAGUUUAAGGGCAUUGAUGUCACAUAUCAAUUAGAGAUCGCAGACAGGAACAUCUCUGCUGAUGCUCAGUCAUGUUAUAGGGCAGUUGGCCUUGCACAGAACCCGAAUGAGAAGACUGGUGUGCUCUAUGUGAAUGACACUGAGGUGUUACGCAGACCACAGUGCCAAGAGCUGCAAUAUGUAGUUAUUGCAGAGGAGCAGCAGAACAAGUUUCAGGCCAAGACGCAGCUCGUGGUUAUUUUUGAGGGUGAAGCAGAUCUCAUGAGGCUGGAUGAGCAGCGGGUUUUGGCUUGUGCAGAAAAGAGACAGCGAGUGGAGUGUGAGGCGUCUCGAGGCCUGGCAGCCCCAACAGGCAGAUGCCAGUGGAGACAAAGCAGAGAUACAGGAAUAUCUCCAAAUUACUCCACCUGUUCCCCUGACCUCCGCACGUGUCCAGAUGGUUACUGUGAUGCCAUUGAGAGCAAAAACAUAUCCAUAUGUCCUCAGGAUUGCUCCAGUCAGCCUGUAAUCGGGGGUUACGAGAGGGAACUGUAUGGAAUCAGAGCUGGACAUGGGACCUGCUACUGUUUUCCAGAAAGGUGCUUCUGUGAAAAGGAUACAUCAGAAGAGGUCUUUUGUAAUGACAUGUGUAAGACCAUCAUUGCAACUGGUAUCCUCCUCUCCUUCAUUGUCUCCAUCAUCCUGUCCUCGUACUUUUUCCGCCGUUAUCACAAGAGCACACCUAAGCCUCCCAUCGCCUCAGCUGAAAUGACUUUCCGCCGACCAGCCCAAUCCUACCCAAUCAGCUACUCAGCGAAUAAUGUUCGUCGAGCUUCUCUAGAUUCCAUGGAGAAUCAGGUGGCCAUUGAAACCUUCAAAAUACCCGAAGAUCCAAAGUGGGAGUUCCCACGAAAGAACCUAGUGCUGGGUAAGACUCUUGGAGAGGGAGAGUUUGGGAAGGUUGUGAAGGCCACGGCUUUCCGCCUCAAAGGAAAAGCUGGAUACACUACAGUUGCUGUGAAGAUGUUGAAAGAAAAUGCAUCUCACAGUGAGCUUCGAGACCUCCUGUCAGAGUUCACGUUGCUCAAGCAGGUUAAUCACCCUCAUGUGAUAAAAAUGUAUGGAGCUUGCAGCCAGGAUGGUCCAUUAUACUUAAUCGUUGAAUACGCCAAGUAUGGCUCACUGCGGAACUUUUUGAGGGAGAGCCGGAAAGUUGGACCAAGCUACAUGGGCAAUGAUGCCAACCGCAACUCCAGCUACUUGGAAAACCCAGAUGAGAGAGCUCUGACCAUGGGCGACCUCAUCUCCUUUGCAUGGCAGAUCUCCAGAGGAAUGCAAUACCUGGCUGAAAUGAAGCUUGUUCACAGAGACCUGGCUGCCAGGAAUGUGCUGGUGGCAGAGGGAAGGAAGAUGAAAAUAUCUGACUUUGGUUUAUCUCGAGAUGUUUAUGAGGAAGAUUCAUAUGUGAAGAGGAGCAAGGGUCGUAUUCCUGUUAAAUGGAUGGCUAUAGAAUCUUUGUUCGAUCACAUCUACACCACACAAAGUGAUGUCUGGUCUUUUGGUGUUCUUUUAUGGGAGAUUGUAACUCUGGGUGGAAACCCCUAUCCAGGCAUUGCUCCAGAACGGCUUUUCAACCUUCUGAAGACAGGCUACAGGAUGGAGAAACCAGAGAACUGCACGGAUGAAAUGUACAAUCUGAUGCUUCGUUGUUGGAAACAAGAGCCAGAUAAACGUCCCACUUUCUCAGACAUCAGCAAAGAACUUGAGAAGAUGAUGGUGAAAAGUCGAGACUACCUGGAUCUCGCGGCCUCCACGCCGGCAGACGCCCUGCUAUAUGACGACUCUCUGUCUGAAGAGGACACACCCUUAGUGGACUGUAAUAACGCCCCUCUCCCUCGAACCCUCCCCUCCACUUGGAUUGAAAACAAGCUCUAUGGUAGAAUUUCCCAUGCAUUUACUCGAUUCUAAUACAGGAAACAAAAUCAGUUAAUGUUUUUGCCUUCCAUAGAAAGUGCUGUGAUUGUGCUAACAGCAUGGUUGCCACUGAUUUAUGAAUACUGUGUUUUAUAGAUUCAGUUAGUGCUGUAGUGUCUGGAUCUAGGGAUCAGAUGUUUCAUUUGGACCUGCUUCCGAUGUACUCUACUAUUUGAAAUAUUCAUUUUAAAAAACGUUAUUGUACAAGUAUUAUUACUACUGAUAAAAAAAAAUGAAUCAUUCUCAUAUAUACACACACAACUUAACAUGUAUUAUGUUCAGUUAGGGAAAUAUAUUAAGAUGUGUUUCAUGAUAUACAUCAUGUGUGAAUUUUCUAUUGGUUCGCAGCCCUUUAGAAUAAGUUUUACAUUUGAAACAGGUCCCGUGUGCUCUGGAUGUGCUCUCUCUGUAAUAUUCUGAACAUAUUACAGAAAAUGAGUGUUUACAAUAGAUGAAGUCAGUUCUGAAAGGAGUAAGGCUUUUGAAUUAAACUCUUCUUGUAGAUCAUAUAUCAAGAUAUGCAGGACUCUGUUAACGCUCCCCAAACUGAUGGCAUUCAUAGUAAGCAAUAAAAUGGCCAGCAGUAAGGCAGUUGCUAUGCAUAAGACUCCUUGAUGUCAGUUAUUUCUGGGAGUACACUAAAACUCUUUUAGUAGAGCACUGAUUAUCUAUUUCAUUUAAAAGCUUGUACAUAAAAUGGCAAAGACAACAGCAGUCACAAUACUGAUGUCACAGAAUAGACGAUGUCACCAAUAUUUACCAUAUGACCAAAAAACAAUCAAAGGACCAAAGAAUGAUUUCAUGCUUCUACCACGAAGUCAUUCGUGCUGUUUUAUGCUGUUAAAUAUUAAAAAGCUGAGCUGAGUUUUGUUUGAGAGCCUUACUGUCUGGACUUAAUGCUUCCUCAGUGCAGAAAAAAUGAUAUGUUCUCGUUUUUAGGCAUGUCAUACCCGAACUGGCCAGAGAAGAGCCCGGUACCGCUCAACAGACUCGAUGCCACUAACCCUGUCUUUACAAGAUAUGCCAAUGAUAGUGUUUAUGCAAACUGGAUGGCUUUGCAUUCUCCCGCAAAAAUUGUGG